UUCCCAGCAGAGAAGAAGAAAGAAAAGUAGCAAAGCAGAGAUUUUGAUAACAAGGGAAAAAGCUGAAACUAAAUCGUAACAGAAGAAGAAAUAUGGUUAGGGUGGCAUCGUACUUCGCGAUGACGCUGGGUGCUUUCGUGUUCUGGCAGUCCAUGGACAAAGUCCAUGUCUGGAUCGCCCUCCAUCAGGACGAAAAGCAAGAGAGGUUGGAGAAGGAAGCGGAGAUCAGAAGGGUUAGAGAAGAAUUAUUGCGGCAGCAGGCCAAUCAGAAGGGUUAGAGAAGAAUUAUUGCAGCAGCAGGCCAAUCAAAAGGAUUCUCUUUAUUGAAUUCGAAUAUGUUGAAAUUUUGCUGCCUUUUACUUUGUACUUUCCUUCCCAUGCUAUAUUUGGUGCUCAAAUAAAAUAUGGUACUCCCUAGCACUUCAAAUUAAUUGUGUGGAUUUCUAAUGUGUUUCCAUGGAUUUUUUCGGUCAUACUUGAACCUUAUUCUUCUUUACAAGUACGGGUUUUGGAAAUCAA